CACUUCUCUAUUUUUUUUUUUACCACAAUCACAGCUCAUACUCAGAAGGGGGCUUCACUGAUACUCUUUUUUUUUUUGAGGAUUUCCUUUGGACGAUCGCUUGUUUUUCUGAGUUUCGAUUUCAUUGUUGAGUGCGUGCAAGCAGAGCAGAGCAGCGCGUGCGUCAGUCAGUGCGGGACAACGAUCAGGAAAUCUUUACCAACCAUGGCCGCCAUCAGCAGCUCAAACACAUGUUUUGCCUUGGAGCUGUAUCGCACUCUGAGCCAAUCAAAACCCAACGGGAACAUCUUCAUCUCGCCGCUGAGCAUCAGCUCGGCUCUGGCAAUGGUCUACCUGGGAGCUAAAGGAGAAACAGCUGCUCAGAUGGCAAAGGGCCUCUCGUUGAGCCCAGGCGAAGGCGUCCACGCAGACUUCCAGACACUCAACGCUGCCAUCAACUCACCAUCGGCAUCGUACAUCUUAAAACUAGCCAACCGUCUUUAUGGAGAAAAUACAGGCAACUUCCUCACACAAUUCCUCGACGCCACACAGAAGUACUACCAGGCAGACCUGAGGACUGUUGAUUUCAUUGGGGCUCCAGAGGCGUGCAGAGCGGAGAUCAACACCUGGGUGGAGGAGCAGACAGAAAAUAAGAUUAAAGAUCUUCUGAAGCCAGGAACGGUCAGCUCUAUGACAAGGUUGGCUCUCGUCAAUGCCAUCUAUUUCAAGGGAAACUGGAAGAACCGCUUUGAUGCCGCACAGACCAAAGAGAUGCCUUUUAAAGUCAACCAGAAUGAAACCAAGCCGGUCCAGAUGAUGUACCAGAUGAAGAAGUUCCCCUUCAACUACAUCCUUGAGCAUAGUCUGCAGAUCCUGGAGCUGCCGUACAUGGAGGAGGAGCUCAGCAUGUUCAUCCUGCUGCCAGAUGAGACCGAUGACGGCUCUGACCCUCUGCUGACGCUGGAGAAGGAGUUAACGCAGGAGAAACUGGACGAAUGGACCAACAGGGAAAACAUGGACGUCCACUCAGAAGUCUUUGUUCAUCUUCCCAAGUUCAAGCUGGAGGAAGACUACGAGCUGAACGAGCCUCUGGCUAAAAUGGGCAUCGCUGAUGUGUUUUGCCCGGGAAAGGCCGACCUGACCGGCAUGAACGGCGAUGGAGGACUCUUCCUGUCUACUGUGGCUCACAAGGCCUUCGUGGAGGUGAACGAGGAAGGCACGGAGGCGGCUGCGGCCACGGCUGGCAUGAUAGCGUUAUGUAUGUUGAGGGAGGAACACUUCACAGCAGAUCACCCCUUCCUCUUCUUCAUCAGGCAUAACAAGACCAAGUCCAUACUCUUCUUUGGCAGGUUCUCCUCUCCUCAGUAGAAAGAACCAGCUCAAGAAGAUUUUGGGCCAAUUCAAAUAAAAUCAGCAAAAUCCUUAAUAUGACGGCUUAAUGCGUUUAGACUGUCGUUUGCUAAUUGAAGAACUGCUAUUUUUUUGUCUGCUUUUGCACUGAAAUCAUAGAUAUAACCAUUCAUACACUUAUUGAAGAGUACUUUUGAUUGCAUUAAUGUGUUAAUAUUAAUGGGUUACUAGCUUGGUAUUGAUAAUGAAUUAAUCUUCUGUAAUCACUAUUAAUAGUAUAUUAAUGUAUUGUAAGUAAAACAAA